UUUGAAUUCUUGCGGUGAUCCUGAGGUGCUUUGAAAUGAAUACUCUACUUAGUAAGCCGAACCUCGCAAAGGACAAUUUUUAUGAGUUGCUGGGUGUUAGCAAAGAUUCAACGGAAGAUCAGAUCCUUUAUGAAUAUCGCAUAAAAGCUAGAGAGCUCCAUCCAGAUAAAAAUUCGGAACCAAACUCAGCUUCACUUUUUCAGAAAAUCCAGAAAGCUAAAGAAGUUUUGACUAACUCAAACCUCCGUAGCAUGUAUGAUACCUGGUUGUUCAGCAAUAUAUCUGUUUCUUUUGAACAAUAUCUUGGUUUACAGAAAAAUUUUGAAGAGUGUAUGCACUGGUAUUCCAAUGCUAAUAAAACCCCUCGGAUGUUGGAUAGUACUUCAGAUUCCGACGGGCGUUUUAUAAACGAAAAUAAUUCUGAUAAGCUUCUUAAUAUUGUGAAGCUCUUUCGUGCGUAUGAAAUCUGAGUGAACGAAUUUUAAGUGAUUUUACUCACAACAGUAACUUCAUUUCAUUUAGUUCAAAUACUAUUCUUUCAUCAUUUUUAAUCAAGUUUCUUCCAUCUCUCACUUUCACAAAAUCUCGUGUAUCGUUUUAGCUUUACAUCAAGUUAUUCAUCCCUGACAAUAGAAUAGCUACCUCGAUGUUGUACACUUUAAGCUGUGUUUGAUUCACAAGUUCUCCCUCUGAAAGAUCUACUUGUAAUAUUUGUGGAGGAG